AUGGCAGCUGGGCUCCGGGCAAGGCUGGGCACGGGCUGCUCUUCCUGCUGGCUGUGGGGCUGGCAUCUGUUCCCGGGGCUGCCGGGAGCACGGCUGUCCCAUGCCAGGGCUGCAGACCAGCUGCAGCAGGAGUACGACGCAGUGGUGAUCGGGGCAGGGCACAACGGGCUGGUGGCAGCUGCCUACCUGCAGCGGGCAGGGGUGCGCACGGCCGUGCUGGAGAAACGCCACGUGCUGGGCGGCGCAGCCGUCACAGAGGAGAUUGUGCCAGGCUUCAAGUUCUCUCGGGCAUCGUACCUGCUCAGCCUGCUGCGGCCGCAGAUCUACACUGAGCUGGAGCUGCAGCGGCACGGUCUGAGGGUGCUCCCGCGGGACCCCUACUCCUUCACCCCACUGCUGGAGGAUAAGAGCCCCCCUCGCUCCCUCCUGCUAGGGCACAACAUGGCCCAGACCCAGCAGCAGAUUGCUCAGUUCUCCCAGAAGGAUGCGCAGGCUUACCCUGAGUAUGAGGCAUUCAUGGGGGGCUUGGUGUCGGCCCUUGACCCGCUGCUGGAUGCCCCUCCAGUGGAUACAGCUGUCCUGGGGCAGGGAUCUCUGAUCCAGCGGCUCAGGGCCCUGCAAACCCUGCGGCCACUGCUGCGGGCAGGGCUGGCGCUGGGGAGGCAGCUGCCCCGCUAUUACGAAGUGCUCACAGCCCCCAUCUCCAAAAUCCUGGAUCAGUGGUUUGAGUCGGAACCCCUGAAGGCAACUCUGGCUACUGACGCAGUGAUCGGAGCCAUGGCCAGCCCCCACACCCCUGGCAGUGGGUAUGUGCUGUUGCAUCAUGUGAUGGGUGAGCUAGAAGGACGGCGGGGGGCCUGGGGCUACGUGGCUGGUGGGAUGGGGGCCCUGUCCCAAGCCAUUGCCUGCACAGCGGCUGCCCAUGGAGCCCACAUCUUUACUGAGAAGGCGGUGUGCCGUGUCCUCCUGGGCAGGGAUGGGCGGGCGCAGGGCGUUGUGCUGCAGGACGGGACUGAGGUGAGGAGCAAACUGGUUCUGUCCAAUGCCUCCCCCCAAAUCACCUUCCUGGAGCUCACCCCCCAGGAGCAGCUGCCAAAUGAUUUUGUCCAGCGGAUCCGGCAGGUCGACACGCGCUCCCCUGUCACCAAGAUCAACGUGGCCGUGAAUCAGCUGCCGAGCUUCCUGGCUGCCCCCAACACCCGUGACGGCCGGCCCCUGCCCCACCACCAGUGCUCCAUCCAUCUCAACUGCGAGGGCACCCACCUCCUGCACCAGGCCUUCACUGAGGCCACCCAUGGGCACCCCUCCAGCAGGCCCAUGAUUGAGCUCUGCAUCCCCUCGGCGCUGGACCCGGGGCUGGCCCCACGGGGCUGCCACGUCGUGUCCCUCUUCACCCAGUACACCCCCUCCGUGCUGGCGGGCGGGCAGCCCUGGGAUGAGCAGGCCAGAAAUGCAUAUGCAGACACGGUGUUUGACUGCAUCGAAGCCUAUGCCCCGGGGUUCAAGGCAUCCGUCAUCGGCAGGGACAUCCUGACACCACCAGACCUGGAAAGGAUCUUCGGGCUGCCCGGUGGGAACAUCUUCCAUGGAGGGAUGUCUCUGGACCAGCUGUACUUCGCCCGGCCAGCACCAUCCUACUCAGGCUAUCGGUCCCCAAUUCCCAGCUUGUACCUGUGUGGAAGCGGAGCCCACCCUGGAGGAGGAGUGAUGGGAGCAGCGGGACGCAAUGCCGCCCGGGUGGCCCUCAAGGACUUCAGGCGCCUGUGA